AUUUUAUUUCGUUAUCAGAUGACGAUAAAAAUUUGCAGUGUGCUCUCGGGCUAUUAUGAUUUGAUUCUGUAUGCGCUAGGGAUGCAAAUCCGAGUUGCGCAAUGUAUAAACGUGAACAUUCAGAUCAAAAGUGCCGAGGCAAAAUAAUGAGCGAACUGAUUAUUUGGCUAUAAACUGUGCUAACACGUCGCGUAAAACUGUCAUGAAAUUCAUGACUAUCUACGAUGCGUACGUGGUAUUCACAGCCAUUGGCCAGUAGCUAUUACUUAAUGAACAUUCUAACUCUAGAGUUAGAAAUACGUGUAAAUAUUGAUAUAGGUUUGGAAAAGCGAUUUUCUGCUCAACGAUAUUUAUCAACCCCUGAACGAGUAGAACUGGCCAGUGCAUUAAGUCUUAGCGAAACUCAGGUGAAAACGUGGUUUCAAAAUCGAAGAAUGAAACACAAAAAACAGUUAAGGAAAGUACAAGAAGACAAAACCGGAUCUGGAAAAGUAGGAGCUUCAGAAAAAUUAGGUAUUGGUCAAAAUUUAGCAACAAUCUCUCCAGAUAAACAACCAAUGGCUUCGGGAAGUUCAGAAAUGUCAAUGUCAAAUUCUGACGUUAGUGAUUGCGAAAGUGACAUCGAUAUAGUUGGAGACGUCAAAAAUAUUAACUAUCCCUUUAAACGAGCAUAAUAAUUAUUGCAUCAUUACAUGUUAUUAUAAUUUUACUAGAAUGUAUGAUGAGAAAACCGCUAAUACCUACAUUCAUUUGAAAAUCAUACCUGGGUACCAUGGGCGCCGCUACACGGUGGAUUUGUGAUUUUUGGUCAUAGCUUUCGACCUUAGACUAGGUAAUAAAGAGAGGACUCAUAAGGCCGCUGAAAAUCUUGUUCCAUUCUGACACACACGAUAUUCGACCAAAUGCGUAACAUGUUGGAAAUAAAAAAAUGAACUUGUAUUUAUGUUAUUAGUACUUCAUUGAUCUUUUUAGGCAUAAAGUAAAUUCAAAGCGAAAAAUUUAAAAUAAAUAAAUAACAAUAAAUAAGACACAAGAAAAAAAUAUAUUGAAAUAAAAGGAAUGAAAUCGUUUACAUAAUAAAAUGAGUGUUUUUUUUUUAAUUCCACAAAAUAAAACAAUGAUCUACAUGUAUUACAAAAAGAUUUAUUUUUAGUUAAUAAAGAACGACACUACCCAGAUAGCACAGACACGUUUUAAAGACCCCUUUAAUACGUUUGUUCACGACGUUCGUGACGUUUUGAAGAUCCACGCUAAUAUUCAAAAGAUGUUUUAAAUGCGUCUAUAGGACGUACUUUGUUACAAAACAAGCCGUCUUUAGGACAUCCAAUUUUGUACGUAUUGAAUACAAACCGUAUUGGACGUGUUUAAGUCGUCUAUUUACUUGAUAGAAAUUCGUUUAAAAAAUAAAUGAAUACUUAUCUACUAUAUUUAAUACUAUUUUAAACUAUUAAAACUGACAGAGUAAAUAUCAUUUUACAGUGUUGGAUAAAAUAAUUAGAAAAUAACUUCAAGUACUUGUUGCUAUGAGAAACUAUUCCCGGAAAUCCUACUUUUUUCCAGUUUGGUCGAUUUAAAAAUUUCUUUUAUGGUAAUAAUUUUAGCCAAAGCGUCUGUAACUAAUGACCCCGUAGAAUAUUUGGUGGAUUAUUGUUUUAAGGUGUUUUUCUAAGAAAUAAGACAUUAUUAAAGUGAGGUAAAUAAAAUAAAACUUACCGUUUUUAAUGGUAAAGUUUACUAGAUCCGGUAUACCACAGUUCCAAUAAUGGCAAAUAAAUAAUAUAAAAAGACAAUAUAUAAAAACACACAACCACGAAAAAGUAAUGACAAUGUAAAUAGACUGACGCUAAAAAUAUACAAUGGCUGUCCAGAGAAGAAAGCAGCUAGAGGAAGAACACCACUCGAUACGCGCGCGCGAGACUAUCCAAUCAGCCAAUGACAAUGACGAAUGACGAUCAUACAUGCGCUGCAGGCAGCGCCAAGAACGGUGUCGUGGCGCCAUAUUCAAAUAUAGCGAAAAGAGUUGAACGUCCACAUUACCGACAUAUUUAAAACGUCCUAAAAACAUCCCAACAAAAACGUUUUAAACAUGUCCCGUCUUAAAACGUACCAGGACGUCUGGACGAAAAUAAAACAUGAACUAGACGUCUUUAAGAUGUAGUGUGCUAUCUGGGUAUUAUUCAAUUAAGCUAUUAAGAAAAAUUAUAAAUAAUUGAAGAUAAAUUUAUUACUGACUGUUACGUGAAAUUAAUUUUAAAUUAAUUUCAAAUUUAUUUUUAACAACAACUUCUCCAUAACCCCUCGUUAACACAACUUAAAAGGCGACCACUGCUCGCUUCCUUUAUCGAUUUUUACAAAGCAUCGUUUGCGCAUGGUUUCUUUGGGCAACCAGUCCUUAUAAAAACCGAUUCGUUUGGAUUUAAUCUUUCUUUUUGGUGUUCGAAUUCAAAGUGCUAGCUGUGCCGAUAAAUGUAUUAAAAUUAGUUGCUAGUAAUUAUCUGACUUUCAUGUGUUUAUUGUGUGUUAACGUUGGGAUAAUUGUCAGUGGCUCCAAGAAGAGGCUCCUCUACGAAACUUAAGUGGCUUCAAGAAGAAGCUCCAAUAAAAUUAAGCUCCUCCAAUAAGCUGUAAGAAGCUCCAGGCUCCUCCACGAAGCUUAAGAUCUUCCAAUAAGCUUUAAGAAGCUCCAAGCUUCUCCAAGAAGCUCCUAGUUGCUCCAGGAAGCUCUAAGAGAAGUACCGAGUUACGUAGUUGCUCCAGGAAGCUCUAAGAGAAGUACCGAGUUACGUAGUUGCUCCAGGAAGCUCUAAGAGAAGUACCGAGUUACGUAGUUGCUCCAUGAAGCUCUAAGAUCCCAGCUCUAAGAAACAAGAAGCCCCAAGUAUCAAAGUACCUAAAGGCGGGCAUACAAAAGGAAAGUACCGUACUUACCGUACUAAAAUGCCACAUGGUCACAAUUAAUAUUUAUCGAAGUACCUAACAGUAAAUUUUAUUAAUUCAUUUAUUCAUUCAUAUAAUAUCAGUUAAUUUUAUUUGCUAUUCAGAUUUAAUCACUAACUAUUUAAUUUUUAUAUGUAAAAUUUCACUCUUUUACUUUUAAUAUCAUUAAUUGUUUAAAUAUCAAUGAAAAGCAUAAAAUAAACAAACUUGGUAGGUAAAAUUUAUUACUCUCGAGUAAGACAUGUAAAUACCAAGUUGAAUAACACCAAAUAAAAUGAAAAAUAUCAGAAAAUAUAUAAAGUGAAAUCGAUUGAUGUUUAUCACUUACCUGUGAAACGUAAUAUCUGCUUCUUUCUUGCCGCUAUAACUUUUACACUGAUAUACCACACAAUAAACCAUUGUAAUAAACCAAUUAUUAAAUAUCGUUUAAUUCAAAAAUCCAAAAUAAACACGAACAAAAACUUUGGUGUCACCGAAAUGCUUAGCACCAAAAUAAUGGCGGCCAAUAGAUUAUCGCACAGGAUACUACGUGUGCUCAAUAUACUUGUUACGCGUCCUCUCUUUAUUACCUAGUCUAUGAUUUCGAUUAUAGACUGCGGCGUUUUGACACUGCCAAUGUGACUUGUCCCCCCUCCGGAAAUUUUAUGAGCAGCAUCCAUGCUGGGUACCUACUUUCUUGAAAUGCGCAUCCUCAUUAUUCAGCAAUUUCGUAUUACUGAUGCGCAAAAAAAGCGCGCGACUUUUGAAUCAGUUAUUUUCCAAACAAAUUACAAAUUAUUUUCUAUAUCUCUCUUAUCCUAACCGUAACUACAACUAUUUGGUUGGCUACAACGACUGCUUUAAACAACUGUCACCGAGUCUCGAUAAGUGUAUUUUUACACAUUUUUUUGCCACGCCUUCAUAAUUAAAGACAAAUCAAAUUAUAAACAGAAACACUAUCAAACACAAACAAAAUUACAUUUGAAGAUGUGUAAUUGACAAUAAGGAUAGGAAACAUAAAAACAACAAAUUUUGUUGAUUUUAAGAAAAAGUAGAGUAAUAGAGACCGUCUAUAAGGGGAUAGGUCUAUUGGAGAUGUUUAAAAAGCGAACACCGAGUAUUUUUUAACACAAUCAGUAAUCCAAAAUUAAAUAUCUGCCAGUUGCCACUUUACACAUUAGUCGAAUGAAUUUGGGUAUAGAAAUUAGGUAGGUACUGCUAUUUUUGUUUCACCAAUGAGUACCUAUAGAUUUUACCUUAUCCUUAGUUUUUAAAUUUCAUUUUUGGAAAGUGCUACUCUGUACAAUUAUUAAUUCUAGUCAUUUAUAUUUCAUACAGUGAUUACCUAAAGACUGGAACAUAUUCGAUAAAUUUUUAUUGGUCAAGUAAAAAAUGAAUGCUAGGACAGGUCAGGUCGAUUUUGUUUUUUAGAUGCGCAUAAUUAAUUAUAUUUUUUAUGACGUCAUUCCUUUUUAAAAUAUGUUAAAUACUAAAACUUUUUAUUUCGAUUAUAUUGUUAUGUAACAGUAAACAAAAUUUAAUGUCUAUACGCAAAAAGUAUUCUUUUAUCGCCUAUUCCACCGUUGUGUUAAACGAAGUUUCAAUUACUAAACGAAGAUUAAAAUAACAUUUUUACAUUAACAAAGUCAAAAAUUGUGGUGCGGUCAAAAAAAAUUACGACGUUAUAUUUUCAUCUUAAAAAGUAGGUAUAGCAAAAUAUGCACAUCAAAAAAAACAAAAUCGACCUGUCAAUAAAUAUUUUAUCGAAUUUUUUCCAACCUUUGCGUAUUCACUGUGUAUAGUGUUUUUCCUACAUUGUUAUUUUGUUAAUUUAUACAGUUUUAUUUAGUAAGUAAAGCCAGAACUGUAGAUAUUUCAGUAGGUAUUAGACGUACUCACCAUAUUUAGGCUUUCUUCCUGGUUUUUGAAAGUCCUAAUUAUGUUUAGUGAAAAAUUGAAAUGAGAUUCCCAUUUUUGUAGAUGGAGUCCUCAUUUUAGAAAAACUGUGUAACUAUAUUUGUAUAAAAAAACCUGUGUACGUGUAUUACAUUUAUAACCCAAAAAAUAUUUUGUUGUUUGUUACAUUAGCCUUAAAAUGUACAUUAUAUUUAAAUAUAC